AUGUCUGCUAUCGCCAACAAGAUACACACAGCGCCAGCUGCAGCGGCCUUUCUAUCAAUCGGUCUAUUCCAGGGCAUCACAGUGACACUUCUGCAGAGCGUUGUUCUUUUGCAAUGGCAGGAAUACGCUAGACCUACAGUCAUCCAAGUGCCUCGAGGCUACAGCAUUCCAACUAAUUUUGCCAUCUUUAUAUUUGGCUUCAUCUUUCAUUUGUUGUUCAUGUGGGAUGCCAUCCGGUUAAGGAGUACAGCCCAAGCCGUGCUCGCGUGCGUCAUCAACGCGGGUUUUCUACCUCUUGCUAUUUUCCAGCGCCGGGAUAUCAAGGAGGCUAUCGAGUCAUUCAAGACCUCAACAGACUCUAAUGGCGACCAUUUGGUCAAUACUGACAUGGAUAUUUGGCCACUCAUUGGAAAGAUUCUACUGGUCAUUCCCAUCAUUAUCGCCGUCUGCACCUUGGUUCUUCCUAUCAGUGCUUGGUAUCUGAAGCAGUACUUUUCAUGGCAGUCAUAUCGCAACGUCGGCGCAGAUGCAAAGAUGAGAAAGAUACGCAUCAUCCACCAUAUCUUUGUCAUGCUCGCCAAAAUGGACAUUUACUUUAUCAUCUGCUUCGAUCUCAUCUUUUGCUUCCCCGUUCUCGGAGGAAUCCGCAGUGGAGGCACCUCCUUCAUAGUCAACCUCGCCCUUCUAGGUGUUGCACUCGCCAGCAUCGCCGUGUCAAUAAUGUUCAGCAAGUCAGAAAAUCGUAUUGGAAUGUGUUUCUCUAUAGCCAUGUAUCUUGCAAUGCUUGGCUACUUGCUUUACCUAGUGAUAGAUGCGCAAUUGGACAGUAGGAGGAGGAGCGGAGGUUCGAUUGACUCGUUCACCGCGUUUGGUUGCAUGAGUAUCGUGUCCAUCUUUAUGACGACGAUAUUCGCUAUAUUAUGCUUGCGAAACUUCUUCGGAGGAUUGAAAGAGCAUCUGGGAAAGCAUGAAGAAGCGUGGGAUCCUCAUGGAAGUGCAAAGGAUUUCGAACUUGGUAACGACAUCAAUUUUGGGUAUAAGAGCGUGCCGGCUGUUCGAGACUUGGAUAGCUGA